AUGGCUCCCGGCGGCGGGGGCGGAGCCUCGGGGCCCCGCCUCGGAGGGAGAGGCUCCAUCUCGGGCCGGCAGAGGAGGAGGUGGCUCCCGAUCCUGAGGCCGGCCUGCCCGCUAGCUGUUCCCGGCUGCGCUGCGCCCGCCGCCGCUGCGGCCCGUCCCCAUGGCCUCCCCCCGGGAGCUCACCCAGAACCCGCUCAAGAAGAUCUGGAUGCCGUAUAGCAACGGGCGGCCGGCACAGCACGCGUGUCCGCGCGGAGUCUGUGUGACCAAUUGUCCCACCCUGAUUGUUAUGGUGGGCCUGCCAGCUCGAGGGAAGACCUAUAUCUCCAAGAAGCUGACACGCUACUUAAACUGGAUUGGUGUCCCAACCAGAGAAUUUAAUGUUGGCCAGUAUCGUCGAGACCUGGUGAAGACAUAUAGAUCCUUUGAGUUCUUUCUUCCAGACAAUGAAGAAGGCUUGAAAAUCAGAAAACAGUGUGCGGAGGCAGCCCUCCGAGAUGUCAGGCGGUUCCUCAGUGAAGAGGGUGGUCAUGUAGCGGUUUUUGAUGCCACAAAUACAACACGAGAACGCAGAGAGACCAUCUUUAAAUUUGGAGAGGAAAAUGGUUACAAGACUUUCUUUGUUGAAUCAAUCUGUGUGGAUCCUGAAGUCAUUGCUGCCAACAUUGUGCAAGUGAAGCUGGGCAGUCCUGACUACAUUGACUGUGGGAAUGAUGAAGCCACAGAAGACUUCAUGAACAGGAUUGAAUGCUACAAGAACUCCUAUGAGACACUGGAUGAAAAUCUAGACAAGGAUCUCUCCUAUAUCAAGAUCAUGGAUGUGGGACGGAGUUACCUGGUAAAUCGAGUGAUGGACCAUAUUCAGAGUCGGAUUGUUUACUACCUCAUGAAUAUUCAUGUGACCCCUCGAUCCAUCUACCUCUGUCGCCAUGGAGAAAGUGAAUUGAAUCUCAAAGGAAGGAUAGGAGGGGACACAGGACUGUCCCCAAGGGGAAAGGAGUUUGCCAAGAGCUUGGCCCGGUUCAUUCAUGAUCAGAAUAUCAAAGAUCUGAAGGUUUGGACCAGCCAGAUGAAGAGGACAAUUCAAACUGCAGAGGCCCUGGGGGUCCCCUAUGAGCAGUGGAAGGUUCUGAACGAAAUUGAUGCAGGUGUCUGUGAAGAGAUGACUUAUGAAGAAAUUCAAGAGCAUCACCCUUUGGAAUUUGCACUUCGAGAUCAAGACAAAUAUAGAUACCGAUACCCAAAGGGAGAGUCUUAUGAAGACCUUGUACAGAGACUGGAGCCAGUAAUUAUGGAGCUGGAGAGACAAGAGAACGUCCUGGUGAUCUGUCACCAGGCCGUAAUGCGCUGCCUGCUUGCCUAUUUUCUAGACAAGACUGCAGAACAGCUGCCUUAUCUCAAAUGCCCGCUGCACACAGUUUUAAAGCUAACCCCAGUGGCCUACGGUUGUAAGUUGGAAUCCAUAUUCCUCAAUGUUGAAGCUGUGAACACACACAGAGACAGACCUGAGAAUGUAGACAUUUCAAGACCUCCAGAAGAAGCCCUUGUCACCGUCCCUGCUCACCAGUGAACCUGUGUCCUCAUCAGCCAUCAAACUUAUGGUGCAGUUUUCAUUAUUUUUCAUAAACUCAAUCAUUCUAGUCACUUUUAAAUCAACUCAAGAGUUGUCUUCAAGAGACUUUCCCCCAAGGGGCUCGGCUCCAAAGGAGUUGCCUCAUAAUUAGGCAGGCACCUGUUCUGCGUUAAUCAUUAGAGUUAAUCUGCUGAUUCAUCUUCUCCAAAGUUUUCUAAUCAUCCAAUCUUUCCACUCCAGUGUUUGAACUCUGAUGUGCAGUAGCAGGCAGACCUGUACGAAGUAAACUGCCACUGUGAAACCUCUGUAUGACGGACUUGAAUGUUAGCAAAUUCCCUGGGUUGACUGCCCUAUGGGAGAGCCAAACUAGUGCCAUUGGAUUUUCUUAUCUUCUAAGCUGUUGAACUGGUGCAGUUUGCUGAUGGGCAAAAUCCCCAAACACAUCCCCAGAGUAUUUCCUGGGGUGGGGCAGGGACCAAUGGACCUGUCCACCAUAGCUUGUUGCUGGCAGAGCCUCCUCAUAGUGUUAUUUGCCUUAAAAACAGCUUAUUUCCACUGAGCACCCUCACUUUACAGGGAUCCAGAUAUCCUUUCCCUUUUAAAUAUUUAAAAUUUCCAUAGCUCCCUACUACAGGAGCUGAAAGUAUCCAGACCUGCCCUCCACCUCCAGUUGCAUCACUAAGUACUGUACUCCAUUCUGUGACCAGAUUUACUCACUGCUGAUUUGUAUACACACUGAAAUUCCAAACAGUAAAGCGACGGCUGUCAUUACUCCUUCCUUGUAUGGGCACACCAGAUUUCACAUGGCAAAGCAUCAGCCAUAAUGAACCUUCGUCAGGUGUUCACACACUUACCAAGGGCUGUUCUAGUCACCUCUUACUGAUUAUGCAUCCACUUUGAAAUUUAUAAAGGGAAUGAUGCUCCCUGUUGAUUAUGUACACAUAUAGGAGUUUUGGAGCAACAGCUGUGGUCACCCUGAGUCACUUUGUCCAUGCAGAAAUUCUCAGUACUGAGAUUUAACAUGGAAAGGUGACAGCUGUAGUUAGCACUUCCUGAAUAUAAUCACAAGUGAAAAUUCAUUAGCAAGGUAGCUGUAGUCUCGCCCCUUGCCAACUGCUCAAACUAAAAUACCUCAGAGGAGAAAGAGAUGUGAAUGUGACUAGCACCAGAAAAAUUUCUCGUGCCCUCUUGAAGUCUUUAGCUCUGAAGUAUGUGGACAUCUUUCCUGUGGAUCAGGUUUGUGGCUUGAGUCCUUCUUGAAAGAUGUGGAGACCAGGGCUGUGGCCUUGUGGUCCCAAGCACUUUAUGGAAGGAUCAUGACUGCGUUUUAUGUGUCUAUGGAAGCUUAAUAAAAAUAAUAACAAUAACAA